AUGCAGAGGUCAUCUCCCAACACAGGCCACGCUCUUCCACAUGCCUCCUGGAUUUGUGCCAAUGCAGGCCAUGAAAGGAGGUCUGUGACCAUGCCGUCCGUCCAGCAGGAGGCCGAGUGGCACAGACCACCACCUGGAAUUCCGUCGCCGAGUCAGGUUGCACACGAGGGCGCCACUCACACACCUUCACCGACCACGCUCACUGAGGAAGCUGCUCCAGAGGUGGAGCCCGAUGAGCACAAAGCCGAACAGGCCAGUGAGGCCACUUCAGCCAGAUCCCGAAAGUCGCGCGGAUUGCCCCCGCGCGGAUUGGCCCGCCCUGCCCGGCAAACGGACAGCAACCGCUACUGGUGCAGCUUCCACCUCCAGCAGGCUUACACUCAAUUCGCAGUGGUGCCUGCGAUCAUUGGCAAGAAGGGUUGCAACACCAGGGCAAUCUUCGAGAAGACCGGUGCAAAAAUACGAGUUCGAGGACGAGGAAGUGGACACAUGGAGGCUGCUUCAGGAAGAGAAGCACCAGCUGGCCUUAUGGUCACAGUCUCGUCGAACUCCUUCGAGUGGGAUGGCUUUGUGGAAGCAGUGCGCCUGACUGGAGAACUUCUUGACCGGGUGCAGCACAAGAUGUACGAGAUGACUGACAAACACAAACACCUGGGCGAACUUUGUUGGCAGGUGACUCUCCACAAUGGGAACACCCACCGUCUUGCAGCCGGCCAGCUGGUAGCGGAGGAUACGGGCGAGCCUGUGAAGCUUCAGCAGGGGUUUGGCAUCCUCGGGUCGAAUGCGAGGGAAGCUGCUGCGAACCCGGAGACAGGCAAGUCACAGUGGCCCGCGAGCGAACAAGCGGAUGUUGACGUCAUGGCCACAGGACUGGCGCGUUGA